AUGUCAAGUGCAAAUUCAUCAGUACCACAAGCAGUUGGUAAUGUUCCAAUACAACAAUUAAAUCAAUUAUCAAUAGGAACUUUACCCCUGGUCACACCUCAACCACCAAGACAAAAUAGCCUUUGGUCUAGUAAUCCAGUAUUUAGUUAUUUAAAUGAUGUUUAUAUUACCAUAAGUGAACAUAGAAAAUCAUUAGGUUUAACCAAUCCAGGUACAAUUGAAAAUUUGAAUAAAGAAGUUAGUAGAGAUGUAUUUUUGAAUCAAUAUUUCUUCACAGGAUUAAGAGCUGAUUUAAAUAAAGCUUUUAGCAUGAUGCCAGCUUUUCAAACUUCACAUACUUUAAGUAUGGGUAGUACUAUAUUGCCAGCUUAUGCAUUUAGCUCGUUGUUCGCUACCGAGGACUUUUUUGUCCAAGGUAACGUUGACAACGAGCUCAACUUUUCUGGAAGAAUUAAUUAUGGUUGGGAUAAAUUUAACAUUUCAAAAAUUACAUUGCAAUUAGCUCAUUCACAACCUUCAAUGAUUCAAUUAGAACAAGAUUAUCAAGCUUCAGAUUUUUCAAUUAAUUUAAAAACUUUAAAUCCAAAUUUUUUAUAUGAUGGAUUUUCAGGUGUUGCAGUUGCGAGUUUAUUACAAAGUUUAACACCAAAAUUAGCUGUUGGUUUAGAAGCAAUGUAUUCAAAACAACCUAUUGCUCCUCCAGAUACUGCAGUUUCUUAUGUUGCAAGAUAUAAUGCAGGUAAUUGGAUUGCAUCAGCUCAAUUACAAGCUCAAGGUGCUUUAAUUGCUUCCUUUUGGAGAAAAGUUUCAGAUAAAGUUGAAGCUGGUUUAGAAACUCAAAUUGGUGCUACUAUGAAACAAGUUGCUGAUCCAUUAAUGGGUAUUGGAUUUGAACCAGUUAUUGAAGGUCAAACUACAAUUGGUGCAAAAUAUGAAUAUAGAACAGCUGUUUUUAGAGGUCAAUUAGAUUCAACCGGUAAAGUUUCUGCAUUUUUAGAAAAGAGAGUUUUACCAACUGUUUCUAUAUUAUUUAGUGGUGAAAUUGAUCAAUUUAAAAAUUCAAGUAGAAUUGGUCUAGGUUUACAAUUUGAAGCUGCUGGUAAUGAACAAUUAAUGAUGAUGCAACAAGGUUUAAUUGAUGCAAAUGGUAAUUCAAUACCAGGUGCACCACCAGUACAAUUAUAG